GCUGUUCAGAAUCACACCACGACAGCAGGUGCUAAUAAAGCAUAGACAACCACCUGGGCACUUAUAACCAGUUACAAAAAUUAUAAGACCCCACUUGGCAGCCCAGUUUCUAUGCGUACAACAUUUUGCAAAUAUCUCGAUAGAUCAUCUAGAUUAUUACCUUUGCUAAACCCCCCAUUCGCCCUCGGACCUGCUCGGCCUGGCCCAAGUGCCAGUCUAACGAGCCCCAGCUUCACGCUCCGUAUCCACAAAGUCCACUUGCACGCGCAGCCACCACCCGCAGAGCGCCUGGGAAAAAGCUCUGUUAUUGCCUGCCACUCGCUCCUGCCCUUAUAUAUAGCUGCCACCACACUGCCUGGUCCAUCCUUGGCCAUCGGUUGUGCCUCGUUGUUGCUGCUCCCUCGUCCUGUCGUCCAAGUGUUGCCGUGUUGCCCUUCACCACCUCUGGUCGACGCCGCUCCCCCUAAAGACACCUUCUGGCGGUAGCUUUGGCUCGAACUCACCCGGGCCACACAUUGUCGGAAUUGGUUCUCCACCGGAUCCCACAGGACAGAAAAGGCCCAGUAUCAACGUCAUCCUCGUGACUCACCUGGUCACGUUUAUUUGGGCGCCGGAUUCCCACUCUUCCAGCAGGGCACUGUUUCCGCACCCCUCCCACGAUUCCCGUCCGCACACCAGACACGAGCAACGAGCCCAGCAUGUCCAAAACCGACGCCAUAGUCGCCUCGGGCCGGGGCGAUGCCAGCCCCGACAUGGAGAAGCAGUCCAUCACCGAGGCCUCUACUCAUGAGCUCAAGCGGGAGAUGUCAGGUCGUCACCUGCAAUUCAUCGCCAUCGGAGGUGCCGUGGGAACCGGCUUGUUCAUCGGAAGCGGCGCAUCUCUGGCGACAGCGGGUCCCGUGGGCUGUCUGAUCUCUUAUAUCGUCGUUGGGACCAUCCUGUACUCGGUCAUGACCAGCCUGGGUGAGAUGGCGACGUAUAUCCCGACUGCUGGCUCAUUCACAUCGUACAGCGCGCGCUUUGUCGACCCGGCUCUGGGCUUUGCCAUGGGUUGGCUCUACUGGUUCAGCUGGGCCAUUACGUGGGCUCUCGAGUUGACCGCCGCUGGCAUGAUCAUUCAGUACUGGAACAGCAGCAUCAACAUUGGCAUCUGGAUAGCCAUCUUCUGGGUCAUGUUUACCGCAAUCAACUUCAUUCCCGUCAAGUGGUACGGCGAGAUGGAGUACUGGUUCGUCUCGAUCAAGGUCAUCACUAUCCUCGGUUUCUUGAUUUUCGCGAUCUGCAUCAAUGCAGGCGCAAGCCCCCAAGGAUAUCUAGGCUUCACCUACUGGAAGAGACCCGGCGCGUUCGCCUCGUACAGCGAAGACAUGGCUCCUAACACCGGCAAGUUCGUGUCAUUCUGGAGCGUCCUCGUCACGGCGGCUUUCUCGUACCAGGGUGCAGAGCUCGUUGGCGUUGGUGCAGGAGAGGCCCGCAACCCGCACAAGACGGUCCCGAUUGCAAUCCGGAACACUUUCUGGGGCAUUCUGUUCCUGUUUGUGUCUACCAUCUUCUUCCUUGGGAUCCUCGUUCCGUACGAUAACCCGGAGCUCACCAACGGCAGCACCAGCGCCGCCGGCUCCCCCCUGGUUAUCGCAGCCAAUCUCGCCUCGGUCCGCGUCCUCCCCGACAUCAUCAAUGCCGUCCUGUUGACCGCCGUCCUGUCCGCCGCGAACUCGGUUGUCUAUUCUGGCAGCCGUAUUGUCGUGGGUCUUGCAAAUGAGGGCCACGCCCCUCACUUCCUGACCAAGACCAAUAAGCAUGGUGUUCCCUACUACGCCGUCGCCUUCACGUCCGCAUUUGGCCUCCUGGCCUUCCUCAACCUCUCCCCGUCCGGGACUGACGCCUUCAACUGGUUCCUCAACAUCACCGCCGUGGCAGGGCUGAUCACCUGGGCGAGCAUCAACAUCUCCCACAUCCAGUUCCAGCGCGCUAUGAAGGCCCAAAACGUACCCCGCCACCUGCUGCCGUACCGGGCGCCGCUGCAGCCAUACCUGGCAUGGUACGGCCUGUUCUUCAACAUUCUGAUUGUGAUAACGCAGGGUUUCACGGCGUUCAUGCCUUGGAACACAGUCGACUUUUUCACGGCGUAUAUCAGUGUCAUCCUGUUUGUAGUGCUUUACGUCGGGUACAAGGCUGCAUUCCGUCCGGCGUUUGUGAAAGUGAGCGAGGCAGACUUGAACAAGGGGCGUCUACAGCCCGCGGAAGGAGUGGUCGUUGAGAAAUAACUGGGAAAUCGAAUGCCUGGUGUGGAACAAAGAUGUUUCACCCACAAUACAGUACAGCAAAAAAGUACCUAUCUAAUAUAAGAGAGCGAAUAUUGAUUUAAUCAUCAACACGCAGCCUCAGGUGUCGAGGAACAGCUUCCUGGUCAUUGUAAAUAUUCUAUGAUUCAUGAAAAUGUACCUAUACGAGCUACCCCUUCCUUGUCUUCCAA